UUACAUGCUACUUGGACAAACAAACGAUAAAAGCCAAAAAUCUGCAACUCAUUCCUGAUAAUUCCAACUAUUGCUCACAAUUGGCAAUUUAAUCCAGUUGCCGCUCAUAUUAGCAUCAAGAUUAAUAUCACAGCUUGUCGAGUCCAUCGUCAUGGUGGUCGCAAAAAAAUACGUUUUGGUAAAUCGCAGCGAGGGCUUUCCGCAAUCCAGCGACUUUAAGCUGGUAGAAGAAACGCUACCCGAAUUGAAGGAGAAUGAAUAUCUGGCUGAAGCAGUUUUCUUAAGUGUAGACCCUUAUAUGAGGGCAUACAUGCCAAGCUUGGAGCCAAACACCACAAUGAUCGGUUCUCAAGUAGCCAAAAUAGUGGAGAGCAAAAAUCCUGACUUUCCUGUGGGAAAAUAUGUUGUGGGCGGGUUCGGUUUGAGGUCGCACACUAUUGCCACUGCGGAGACUAAAUCUGAGCUGGGUUUCAAGACGUUCCUGCUGCCUCAUUUUAAUAAUUUACCCCUCUCGUUGGCUCUGGGCGUAUUGGGCAUGCCAGGAAACACUGCAUAUUUUGGUCUUUUGGAGGUGUGCCAGCCAAAACCGGAGGAUACUGUAGUGGUUUCAGCCGCAGCAGGCGCUGUUGGAAGCAUUGUAGGCCAGAUCGCCAAAAUCAAAGGCUGCACAGUGAUCGGCAUAGCCGGUUCCAACGAGAAAGGAAAAUGGCUCACUGAAGAGCUGGGAUUCGACUAUUUUAUAAACUACAAAACCCAAAAUGUUGAGGAGGAAUUGAGGAAAGCGGCCCCUAAAGGAGUGGAUUGCUACUUUGAUAAUGUUGGAGGCGAUAUUAGCGUAACGGUCAUCAACCAAAUGAAGCCGUUUGGAAGGGUGGCCAUCUGCGGAGACAUCUCAAGCUAUAAUGCUACGGAGCCUGCAAAAAUAAUUUCCCCCAUUCGCUCCAUCCUGUUCAACGAGCUAAAAGUGCAAGGAUUCCGGGUAAGCAGCUGGAACGAGCGAUGGCUUGAAGGCAUCCACAAAAACCUAAGAUGGAUCAUCGACGGUAAACUCAAGUACCGAGAAACAAUCACCGAGGGAUUCGACAAUAUUUUCAAAGCAUUUACGGAAAUGCUACAAGGCGGUAAUAUAGGAAAAGCGAUUGUAAAAGUCUAGAGCAAUUUACAAGUAUCCAUUUGAAUAAAUUACUUGAAAAAUU